CGACUUUAUGGCAAAGAUGCGGAAUGCCCGCAUGAGUGGGCCACCUGGCUAUCAACGUCUGGCGUCCUCCCAAGUGAUCUCCUGCCUCACGGAAGUAAUGAUUACUUAAAGUAUCUUUCGGUCAGUUUGUUUAUACUUUGUGUCUAUACAGAUAAUCAGCUUCGAAUAGAGCGAUGUACAGACUUUGAUGUGCUACCUUGGAGUAGGGGACACAUUUACUCCUUUUCACAAGGAUCUAUGCGCAUCUUCUGGCCAAAAUCUCAUGUGUUAUACUGAGAAUGGCGGGUCAUCUUUCUGGUUCAUGACAGAAAGUUCGGCUGCACCAGCCAUGGCUGAAUUCUUUCAGAAGAUCAACGAGGAAUUAGAUUUUGAAACACAUGUCGUGACCCUGAAAGAGUUGGGGCGGUCGACACUCAAAAUCUACAUUGCGGAACAAACCCUUGGCGACUUAGUACUCGUUCCCCCAAGAAGCUGUCACCAAGUCAUCAAUAAUGGUGGCAUCACGAUGAAAACAUCCUGGUCGCGUAUGACCUUCAAGGGGUUGUCGAAUGCUCUCUAUCAUGAACUUCCUGUAUAUCAUCGAGUAUGCCGACCGGAGACAUACAAGGUCAAGUUGAAUAUAUAUUGCGCCCUUCACCGACAGACACAGAUGCUUCGUGAACUUCAACAGCAGACAAGUUCUCCUCACCCCGACCGGUUAUUGCCCACUGUAAAUUUGGACCUUAAGCGGGUGGCUGAUGAUCUUUAUCACUUACUUGAGUUACUUGAUGAUGUCUUCGGGGAAGAAUAUUCACCAAAACAUCAAGAUAUGCCGCAUGUUUCGCGAUCCGAUACCUACCAUCAAAGCGACAUCUCCUGUGAUUUCUGCGGCGCGGAUAUCUUCCAGAGUUUCUUUGAGUGCAUACCCUGUGCUCUGCAUUUACCUGGGCUUCAUAACGAGAUGAAGAUCGGAGAUGGUAUUGUGGUUUGCCCUCUUUGUUAUGUCGAGGGUCGUGGUUGCAAUUGCGGGACUAUGAAUCCCACUCAGUGCCGGCCUUUUGGCGAUUUGCUAAGAGCCCGUGAUGAAGCCCUACGUGCCAUUCGAGAUGUAUGUCCUGAAGUCGUAAAGGACCACGAGUGUCUACUGGGGAAUUCAAAGUCUAUCGUAUCAGCACGUCAUGUCGGUAUCUUUAUAGCUGCGUGCGUUUUGUAUGAACGACGACCGAAGCUCCCUUACGUCGAGGAGCCACUGCGCGUGUGCUUGUCAAAGCAUGGACUCUCUCAAAGUGCGAUAAUCUACUGCCCACUCUGUCAUGUCGGACGAUGCAUGACUCAUAUAUUGGAGGGCUAUCAUAUGCAUUCUGCACCAGCGCUCUUGAUGUCGAAUGAUGUAAAAGUGUGGCAUGGCUAUCACAAAGAAUCCAAGGCAGUGUUCAGGGAAAAGUAUGCACAUAUCCAGCAUGACGAAGAGACUGGUGCACGUCCAGAUUUUCACUUGAAGUUGGCAUACGUUGCAUCCAAAUUUCGUACGUGCAGGUCUAUCAACCCGAAUGCAACGAUACCAGGAUGGUAUGAUAAAUGCAUAGAGCUGACUAGCGCAUCUGUUGCAUCGUCCCCAUUAAAGCAGGCGACCGAUGGUUCUAGUUCCCAGGCAACGUUCACUAAACCUGAGAAGCGUUCUUCGUCUACGUCAACGCUUUCCCGCAGGUUUCCAAGUUCUAGUGAAUCACUUCCAAACGACUUUCAAGGUAGUUCACCAAGCCACCGUGCGGAUCAUAAAUCACUGCCCACAACUCGAAAACUUCCAGGCGUACCACUUGCAAACGGGAAGAAGCGAAGGUUUGUUAUGGACUUUGUAUCUGUUCCCCCCAUUCCAUGUGAUGGGCCUUCAUCCAGUAUGUUUGACGAUAACACAACUCGUAUAGGAUCUUCGCCAGAUGAAGAUGAUUCAUCUUCAAGACUUGACGCUUAUCCUCGAACCCACACGCGGCAUGUCGACGAGUAUGAACAGCUCGAUGCCUCCGCCAGCGAUUCGAGUGGUCCGCCUCCAAAGAAGCAGCGUGUUGGUCCCCCCAGAAAUAGACUUCUGAGAAGAAGAGAGCCCCUCAGAUUAGAGAAACGUGCGUCAACUGGCAAAGUCUAUCUCACGAACAAACCUCAAUUCCCCGUCAAAUUACUUCCAAAUUCUCACCACCCCGCCAAGAAAGCAGCGCGGAGCCAAGCAAUACCCGAUAACGUCCAAUCAGUCGUUCAGAAGCAGCUACGCCUGGCGCUGGCCGAAAAUGAAAAGUUAAGGGUUGCUAAUGCCAGAUUGGAGAAAGAUAACGAAAUAAUGAAGAAAGGCCACGAAAUAUUGGAGGACAAGAUAUGCACAAUGCAAAGACGCAACGUGGAAUUAACAAACAUGGCGAGAAGCUUCCGUGCGCAAUCCCGCAAGAAGCGCAACAACCUUGACUCUCUUGGACAAGGUCCUGUCAAUUAUCCUUUCGCAUCUACUCCUCCGAUUCACAGGCACCAGGAAGGUCGAGACUCUCUUCCUAGUGCUAGAUCCUACACAGCGACGCCUUCCACCGCUACCAGUACAGGCGCCCAAACCCAAGAGAUGGGCCACUCUUUCCGUAUCGGACAUCGAUCUGCGGGUCACUAUCUCCCCAUCGAAAACACAUCGUGUCAUGAGCUAGAGAUGGAAGGGUCACAUACGGACACAACACAGCAGUCCUAUGCCCCAUCUGACGAGGAGAAUGAUCUGCCCGAGACACUCGUCGCGGAGCCUACUCGAGCUCAAAGCCAAGUUAGUUCUUCUGAAGACGAUGGCAAUUCUCCCUCACUUCUGGAAACUGAAACUGAGUCUAUCGCCGCUAGCGUGGAGUACUGAGCUUGUAUUUUGCCCUGAAUGAGCACUCCUGAUCCCAUAGUCAGUUGUACAUAAUUAUCCUCGAUUGACCACUUUACUGCACAUAUCUCAAAUCAUAAUUACUCUUGUAUACCACUCCCAUCACCAAUUUACUUACACACUCCUGGUAGUCAGUGAAUCCGUACAAAGAUAGUCAAGAGCAA